UUUUCACAUCUUGUUAAUCAGUUUGUCCAGAUAUACAUACCUUUUAAAAAUUAGCAGGUUCUUUGACAACAAUAACAUUUUUCCUAUGUUUUGGUAAAUAUUGCUAAAACCCUGUUACAACAGCUAAACCUUUGGUUUAGUGACAAUCACCUGAUUUUGGCAGUAAUUUUACACAGUGCAGCGUUUAUUCCAUAUAACUGAUGAGUAUAUUCUCACCAAUGUUAUACAGCUUAACUGUUUUAUUUAAUCUGCCCUUCCCUCAGUCGCCUAAUUUUUGUAAUAGAUUUUAAUUCAAAUGUACAGUAAAUACAGUAGAGUUUUUGUAUUUAUAUCACUGUUUGUAUUGUUUCACAUGCUUUUUUUUUCUUUACCAAACCCCUUAAAACCCACUGUAAUUAUGGCUAAUUGUAUGUCUUUGUUGUGGUGGCACUAAUCGCCCUCCAUACCACGUUCCAGGAAACGGUGGAUGCAGCAAUUCCAGAGGCGUGGAUUCCCAGCAGCACUAGCAGCAGCAGCAGCAGCAGCAUCAGAUCUGUUGUCCUCAAACUAACUCUGCAGACUGACUGGUGUCUCCUGCAGCCCAGCAGAGGUGAGAACAUGAAGCAGCUGCAGCAUCGCCUCCAUAUGAACAAAGAUGCUCCGUUCACUCACACAGCCUCAGCCUGAACACACAGCCUUACUGCAUGUUGGAUGCCUGUGGAGUGGUGUCUCUCUGAGGUAGCGUGGGAACGUCUCGGUGGAGGCUGUGCGUCCUCGGCCGUAGAUGCUCCAUCACCACUGAUCAUCCCAGACUUUUUCUUUGUUCUGCAUCAGGAUCGGUGUCUGCUUUGCUGCGUCUGGAGUCUGAGGAUCCGAGACGGGAAGUCUGCGGGAAUCAUGCGUCUGUGGUAACCGAGAGCCAUGCGGGAAUACAAGGUGGUGGUUCUGGGCAGCGGCGGCGUGGGCAAGUCCGCCCUCACCGUUCAGUUCGUCACCGGUACUUUCAUAGAGAAGUAUGACCCCACCAUCGAGGAUUUUUACCGCAAGGAGAUCGAAGUGGACUCGUCCCCGUCCGUGCUGGAGAUCCUGGACACCGCCGGCACCGAGCAGUUCGCCUCCAUGCGGGACCUCUACAUCAGGAACGGCCAGGGCUUCAUCCUGGUCUACAGCCUGGUCAACCAGCAAAGUUUUCAGGACAUCAAGCCCAUGAGGGACCAGAUUAUCAGGGUGAAAAGGUAUCAGCAGGUUCCUGUAGUACUGGUGGGUAACAAGGUGGAUCUGGAGGAGGAGAGGGAGGUGUCACCCAGCGAGGGCCAGGCAUUGGCCGAGGACUGGGGCUGCCCUUUCAUGGAGACGUCAGCCAAAAGCAAGACCAUGGUGGACGAGCUGUUCGCCGAGAUCGUCAGGCAGAUGGACUUCUGCCCUCUGCCUGACCGGAGAGAGGCCUGCUGCCCAGCCUGCAGUGUACAGUAGCAGUCCCUCCAUCUGAUGGAGGAGGUGAUGGAUGACAGGAGGGGAGAGAGCAGAGGAGUAACUCAUGCAAAUGAUUUAACGUUAGACUGAUUGAAGAUGGAGGCUGCAGAGUUUCAAGCCAGUCCAGGCCUUACAUUAACAGAGAAAGUCCAUUGUUUGCAGUAUGAAGUACUGACAUGUAGUGAGUGAUGAACUGUUUGUGUCAAGUCUGAGAAAUUGAUGCUUAUUAUCACUAAAAGCAUUAUUGUCAUUUGGCCACAUGCCUAAUAAAAUCCUCCACUGCUUUCUGCACCAAAGUCCAUAGAAAUAUAUGUCAUUUUAUCUCAUAGUUCACAGAACUGUUGAUCCACUGCUUCAACCUACAGUCAUUUCAGAUUUCUUUUUAUUGAAUUAAAAAUCAAUUCUUUGAUUUGAGCAAAGUGACACAAACCGACCACGUCACAUAAAAGUAAAAUCAGCUACUGUUUCUCUACAGGCUAAAAUUGCAUGUUUUCUCUAUGGACUUUUGUGAAGGAGUUUCUGCCAUUUUGAGCCUUUUGUUAAGUGGCUAAAAUAUGUUUUUGUUUUUUGUUGCAAGUAUGUUUUAAGUGACUGCAAGCCUGUGUACCUCAGGCGGAUUCUCGGACGAGGCAUACGUGGCACAAUCGGUGACUAUAAUGUAUUAGAACUACAAAGAAAUCACAUCUUGUCUUUUUCAGCUAAUGAGAAUAAAAAGUUUGGGUAAAUUAAAGAAGAAUGUGAAGCAGAGAGUAUUGGUCCAACAUCCAUCAUCAUCCUGCUGGAGUUUCCCCAAAGGCAGCACGGUGCCAAAACCAUCUUAAAAGCCAUGGAUGAAGCCGAUCAUAUCCUAAAAUGCUUUUGGGAAACCAGCCAUAGAUCUCAGCAGUGGUGACAAAGUGUGCAGCACUUUUCUCCAUCCUGAGUGUUUAGGGUUUUUUUUUUUUUUUGCACUUUUAGGACUCACUAAAAACUGAACAAUCACGUAUUAUCUGAAGGAUUCAACAUGGACGUCGGCAUCACUAGCAAAGGAUGAAUGACUGAUCACGUGAACAAAUGUCCAAACUAUUAGGAUAAAAGCACCUUUUUUUGGGCGAAAAAAAAAAUCAUGAAAAUAUUUCACCUGUUGACUUACUGUGGAUGACGUGCGCAUGAAGUCAACCAGUGUCACCCAAAGAGACUGUAUUGGUACAAACCCUAUUUUCAAAAACGUUGGUACACUUUCUUGAAAUUGCAGUAAAAUCUAAAGUCGGUAAUUAGGUCGUUUGACUUUGACGUUAAUUCAGCUGUAAUGUCCACAAACUGAUGGAGAAAUGGAGCAAGGAUUUGGUUUGAAAAGAUCCAAGGCAAUGUAUUUACAAUCCUUGGUACUUUGGACUCGCAAGUAAUACACAGGUUCAUAUAUUAUUGUGGUUUGUUUAUUUAGCAGUGGUGAGGUGACUUUGUUUGCUGUGCUACUGCCAUUUUAGAGAUAACAUCGUAUGUUAUUGUCUAUUUAAAGACAUUUACAUUUAUGAAUAAAAAUUGGGGGAAAAUAUUUGAAAAAUUAACAAAUUCAUCAAUUAGAAGGACAUUUUAAUUUGACAUGUAAUUUUAAUGGACACAUUUUAUUUGUCCAACAUAAACUAAUCAAAUGUAAUACUGUUAAAACUCACACUCCAGAAAAGAGGAACAGUAGCAACUGGAACAUAUUCUCUACUCUUUAACCUGCCAAUUCUUGCACCUUAAAAGCUGUGAGCUGUUCAACAGUCAGUGGUGCUCAUCGUCUGGUUCUCCUCUUCUUAAUGGGCCAAACAUUUUCCACAGGGACCUAUCUGGACUGCAGGCAGGCCAGUCGGUCACGCAGGAUAUGUGAAUUUUUGUCAUUUUUUAAAUAAUGUUUCCUGUUGUUGUUUUGUUCAGCGUUUAGAGUUAACUUUCUAAAUUGUUUGGAUGUUUAACAAAAAGAACUUAGUGAUCAGUGAAAACAUCCUUAUUUUUCUUCCUGCGGAGCACAUGGUAACAUCAGACGCUAAACCACACAUUUGAGUUUUUAUCGCAUUUCAGGAAACGUACCAACUUUUCUGGAAGAGUUGUUUGUGUAUCAAUUGACAAGUAAUUUGGUGACAAACGACUGUCUUUUACAAAUGCCUUGUUACCUUCUGAGGUGUCGGUGUGUAGCUCAUUAAUCUUAAUUCACAGCUGAAAUGUAACAACUCCACAUGAAAAACACUUAUUUUCAACAAAAAAAAAAUUAAACCUUUAUGCACAA